CCUACGUAUCGUACACACGCGUUCCUGCUUCUAACCGACGAACAGUGGGGUCUUAUCGCUUAUCAGUUCAAUGUUAUCCCCACCAACUUUUUUCAGCUAUAACCCCACUAUGUACAUCAUCUUCGAAGCUACAUUCAGCAGUCUUCAUUCUUUUCAAUUCGACUCAGCACCUACCUAUGAACACUUGAAUUAAAACACGAGAGCUAGGACUAUACGACCUCCCGAUAUAUCUACGAUGCCUGGAGCACCGAAUAAGAAGCAGAAGCGGGAAGACUACCGCCUUGCCCAAAAAGAAAAUGGUGCCACAAAUAUGCCCAAGAAGAAAUUCUAUCGCCAACGGGCACAUGCGAAUCCCUUCUCGGAUCAUAGAUUAACAUACCCGAUAAGACCCGACGGCAUGGAUUGGUCGACAUUCUUUCCUGCAUUCGUCGCAGAUGCAAAGCCAGAAUCACUUCCGCAGACGACCGAAAAUACUGAAACAAUUGCGAAGACCCCUCCGAAGAAACUCACGAAAGAUGUGGAAGUUGUAGAUAUAGGCUGCGGUUUUGGGGGAUUGCUAGUAGCCCUAUCGCCUGUAAUGCCAGACACAUUGCUCCUAGGCAUGGAAAUCCGAUCUCAAGUAUCAGAAUUCGUACAAGAUCGAAUCGUGGCCCUCCGCGCCAAAGACCCCGAGCAAAAGCAAUAUCAGAACAUUGGUUGUCUACGAGCGAAUACGAUGAAGUUCCUCCCUAAUUUCUUCCGAAAAGGACAAUUAUCGAAAAUUUUUAUAUGCUUCCCGGAUCCGCACUUCAAGCAGCGCAAGCACAAAGCGAGGAUCGUAUCUACUACGCUUAAUUCUGAGUAUGCAUAUGUCCUAAAACCAGGUGGGAUCGCGUACACAAUCACAGAUGUGGAAAAUCUGCAUGAAUGGAUGGUACAACAUUUCGAAGCGCAUCCUUCGUUUGAAAGAAUUUCUGAAGGGGAACAGGACGUCGAUCCCUGUGUAGAAGUUAUGAGGACAGAAACUGAGGAAGGAAAGAAAGUUGAGAGGAAUAAAGGUCAAAAGUUUGUCGCUUUGUUCCGACGCCUAGAGGAUCCUCCAUGGUAGGCGAUGGUGCUUCUCUACAUUGAUUGGUUUUGAUAAGAAGCAAAAGAACAACUUGUACCACCAAUUUCGAAGUUAAAAUAAGCGAGGGCUUGUGAGAUCCGGGACUUAAGUCCUUUGAUUAAUGAUAAAAAAGAUACCCUUUAUUACACUGAUGAGUUUAUACUUCGGAUCCGACCGAAGCCUAAGAGAUACAUAUGUAUUUAAGACGAAAUUGGAGUAAGAAGACAAUUAUACGAGUGAAGUGUUGUAGGUGAUUCAGAGGAAGGUCAAAAUGACAUGUACAUAUGUAUGUAUCCAUGGA